AUGGAUAAGUCUUGGAUUCAUCAUCAUGCUAGGGGUAGUGAAGGGUACAAUAGAGGCAUAAGAAACUUCAUAAAGUUGGCUAACAGACAUAAAGAUGGGCAGGGUAGGAUCAGAUAUCCGUGUCGUUUGUGCAAAAAUACUGUGUAUAAGCCAAUUAAGGAGGUUGAAAAACAUCUAUUUCAGUGUGGGAUGUACAAGUCGUAUACUAAUUGGAUAUGGCACGGGGAGGGUACUGUUAACAUCACUAGUACUGUUAAUACAGAAUAUGAUGUUAAUACCGACAAUGGGGAUAAUGCCGAUGAGGGACGUGGAAACGAAGACAAUGUAUUUGAACUGCUGGAUAAUGUACGAAUGGGAACAUUCACUAAUGCAGAACAAGCAGAAGAUCCACUUGAAGUUGAUGUGGGAGACGAAAGAUUUAAGAAAUUGCUAAAUGACGCACAAUGUGAAUUGUGGCCAGGUUGUCAGAAAAACUCUAAGUUGUCAGCAAUAUUAAAGUUGUUCCAUAUAAAAGUUGUAGGCCGAAUGACCAACAAAAGUUUUGACAUGUUGCUUAAGUUGCUAAAAGAGGAGUUGUUUCCUGAUGACAACACGUUGCCAAAGUCAUAUUACGAGACUAAAAGCUUGUUACGUGACUUGGGUCUCGGAUACGAUUCCAUCCAUGCAUGUAAAAAUGAUUGUGCUCUAUUCUGGAAGGAGAAUGAAGGUAAAGAAUGUUGUCCACAGUGUGGUGAGUCAAGGCUUCAACAAUUGUUUAUGUCAAGGGAUACAGCCGUAGACAUGCGGUGGCAUAAGGAGAAACGCGUCAAAGAGACAAAUGUGUUAAGACAUCCAGCUGAUUCAAAAGCUUGGGAGGAAUUUGACAAUAAGCAUAGUUGGUUUGCUGCCGAUCCUCGUAAUGUUCGUCUCGGGUUAGCAUGUGAUGGUUUUAAUCCAUUUAGUAACAUGAGCAAUGCUUAUAGUAUGUGGCCUGUAAUUAUUGUGCCUUACAAUUUGCCACCUUGGAUAUGUAUGAAGGAACCAUAUAUGUUUAUGUCAUUGCUUAUUCCUGGUCCUAAAUCACCUGGUAAUGACAUUGAUGUGUACCUGCGACCGUUGAUCGAUGAGUUGAAAGAAUUGUGGAUGGAUGGUGUGAUAACAUAUGAUGCCUAUAGCAAAUCUCACUUUAACAUGCAUGCGGGGUUGAUUUGGACUAUACAUGAUUUUCCCGCCUAUGCGAUGACAUCCGGAUGGAUGACAAAGGGUUAUAUGGCAUGUCCAAAUUGUAACAAACACACAUGUUCUUGUUAUUUGAGUCAUGGAAAGAAGAUAUGUUACUUGGGAGCUCGUAUUUUUUUGUCAUCCGAACACGCUUAUAGGAAGCGUUAUAAGCAAUUUAAUGGUGAGAAGGAAGAAAGACAGCCACCAAAGCAGUUGACUGGUGAUGAUAUUCUAGAACAACUUAAUCCCAUACCCGAGGUUAGAUUCGGAAAAGGACCAAACAAUAAGAAGCGGACUCGUGGGAAGGAGGAACUUAAUUGGACAAAAAAGAGUAUAUUCUUUGAAUUGCCUUAUUGGAGAACGCUUUUGUUGCGGCACAACUUGGAUGUUAUGCACAUAGAGAAAAACAAAUGUGAUAACGUAUUGGGGACAUUAAUGAACAUUGAAGGAAAGACGAAAGAUACGUUCAAAAGUCAGAUGGAUUUAGAAGAAAUGGGUAUUAGAAAAGAGCUUCAUCUUAGGCGUAAUGGUGAGAAAUUUGAGAUGCCACCUGCGCGUUACACAUUGUCAAAGGAUGAAAAAAGGCAAUUGUGUGAUUGGUUAAAGUCGGUGAAAUUCCCAGAUGGUUAUGCGUCGAACAUAAGCCGUUGUGUCAAUGUCAAUGAAUGUAAGAUAUCUGGAUUGAAAAGUCAUGAUUCACAUGUUCUCUUACAGCGUCUCCUCCCUCUAGCUAUACGGGGAUUGUUACCCGUUGAUAUUUGUAAUGCGAUAGCAGAGCUUGGUUUAUUCUUUAAGGAGAUGUGUUGUCGGACCCUUAAAAUGGAUGUCUUAGAGGCAUUAGAAAGGGACAUUGUUGUUAUAAUAUGCAAGUUAGAGAUGAUAUUUCCUCCAUCAUUUUUUGACAUAAUGGUGCACUUAGCUAUGCAUUUGCCACGUGAGGCUAUCAUCGCAGGACCUGCCCAAUAUCGGUGGAUGUAUCCCAUUGAAAGGUUUUUACAUACUCUUAAGUCUUAUGUGCGUAAUAAGGCACGUCCUGAAGGGUCCAUUGCCGAAGCUUAUGUGGACAAUGAAUGUGUUACAUUUUGCUCAAGGUUUCUUCAAAGGAUUGAGACACGAUUUAAUCGAGAAGAAAGAAAUCACGAGGGCGACUAUCGUACCAAUUGGUCCACUUUUUCACAGCUAAGGCAAGUGGUUCGUCCUUUAGGGUCUGGAAGUUUAGAAAUACUUGACAUUGCAAGCAUACAAAAGGCUCGAUUCUACGUGUUAAAUAAUUGUCCAGAAAUUGAGUCAUACGCACUUGCACACAAGGCUACACUUGAGCAAGAAAAUACGGUUAAUGUACAAUCCAGACACGCAAAAGAAUUUCCCAGAUGGUUGGAAACACUGAUAAAGGAAGAGCGUUAUCAUAACAAGUCAACAAUUAAUGAUGACCUUUAUUCAUUAGCGUGUGGACCUGAAUCUCGGAUACAUCGAUAUUCUGGUUGCAUUGUAAACGGAGUUAGGUUCCAUACAAAGGAAAGGGAGAGAAAUCGAAGAACACAAAAUAGUGGUGUGUUAGUCAAAACAGAGGACCUUGAUUACUAUGGCGUCUUGACAGAUAUCAUUGAGUUACAAUACCCUUUGAAAAGGCGGGUUGUCCUAUUUAAAUGUGAUUGGUUCAACACAAAGACUGGUAUUAAGAGUGAUACUUAUUUUAGGAGCAUAAAUAUAGCCCGUAAAUGGUACAAAGAUGAGCCUUUUGUGUUGGCUAAUCAAGCUAAACAAGCCUUCUUCGUCAAAGACAGCAAAUUACGAGGGACGUGGGAGGUCAUUCAAGAUAUAACACUUAGAAGCUCCUAUGAUGUUCCUGAAAUGGAGGAUGAUAGCAAACUUACAGCUGAAAUGUGUACUGCAGCAUAUCAAGAGGGUGAACCAUGUAUUGUGGAUAGGGUUAUUGAGGCGGCAAACUUUGACAUGGAUCCACUCCCUUUGAAUAGGGAUGGCUUGGAGGUUGAAAGUAUUGAUGCUGAAAUAAUUCUUAAAACUAGUCAAGAAUCAUGUUAUGAAUUUGACUUUCUUGAAGACAAUGAUGAAAUCUCCAUUGAAGACAAUUCAGACGAGGAAGAAGAAUUGCUUAGUGAAGAUGAUACUGAUUUGGAUGACAUGUGA